AUGUUGAAAGGAGGAAAUGGUGGGAAGUUAGGAAUUGAUGGGAAUGGAAAUGGAGGUAGUGGUGGGAAAUUAGGGAUCUCAAGUGGAGGUGUAAAUGGGAUUUGUGGAAUUGGAAAUGGGGGAGGAAGAAAUGGAAUAUUGCCUGGAAUUUGUGGUGUAUAUGGUAUUUGGGGAAUUGGUAAUGAGGGUGUAAAUGGAAGGGGAAGGUUUCCAGAAGUUUGUGGUGUUAAUGGAAUCUCAGGAAUAGGUGGCACAUUCUUCAUCUCACCCAACUCCAUCUUUGCCUUUGUUGACUGCUCCUUCAUCGUCACCUUUCCAUUUUCAGCAGCUCUUCCAUUUUCCUCUUGGGUUGGUUUUGGUGCCUCGGCCAGUAACCAACGUGCUUGA